AUGAAGUGGAAAGUUCUGUUCAGUGGUCAUAUCACAGGUGGGAUGAGGCCUGGAAAGAAGAUCAUUGUGAUGGGGAUAGUGAAACAUGAGCCUGACAGCUUUGACAUCAGUCUGGCCUGUGGGUGUGGCACAGUGGAUGAGGCUCCUCCCACUGACGUGGCAUUGGAGCUCUGUGCCAAGUUCGAGGACCUCCAGUUCCUACGUAAGGCCUGUGUUUCGGGCACCUGGGGUGACGCUGAGAAGUCAUCCCCCUACUUUCCCUUCAUCGAGGACCAAACUUUCCGGAUCGAGAUCCAUUGUGAACUACUGCGUUUCCGUGUAUUUGUGGAUGGACACCAGCUCUUUGAUUUUUACCACCGGGUGCAAUCCUUACUGGACAUUGACACAUUAAGGAUUAAUGGUAGUUUAACCAUUACCAAACUCAGAUAG